AUGCAGUUGCUCGACAGAGUUCCGGGCGACGAUGAAUUGUACAUUGGCGGGUUCGUCCCAACAUCCCUGUGCUGCAGAAGAAGCACACCUCUCCCGCUUUCUAGCCACGUCUAGACUCUGAUGGGCUGCUAGUUUGUUCACCCUCCGCCGCAAGGAAGCAUUGCAGGCUGCUGGAAUAACGCAUGUUCUGUCUGUCCUAAGGCUGCCUCUUGACCAGACACUCUUCGAAAGCUUCGCCCACAAAGUCAUAGAGAAAGAUGACGUCGACGACGAGAAUUUGCUCGAGCAUUUUCAAGAGGCCUGCGAGUUCAUCCAGGAUGGCCUUGAGAAGGGAGGCGGAGUUCUUGUCCAUUGGUAAGUAUCUUUCGAAGUGCAUGCUUCCCUUCUCCAGUGUUUGCAUUCUUCUCUGCAAGUUCGUACACCGGCAAGAGGCCACACCGCGUGACCAUUCUGGGCACGCUGCCUCGGCAGGAAUCUCGCUCGUUUGCACGACCAGCCGCAUUGACCAAGAGUUCACAAUGCAGUGCCAUGGGGAAGUCACGCUCCGCGACAUGCGUCUGUGCUUAUUUGGUACGACGAUACGGCAUAAGCCCAGUAGAAGCACUGGCAAGAAUACGGGAGAGCCGACCGCUCGCGGAGCCGAACGACGGCUUCAUGAAGCAAUUAGAGUUGUAUCAUGAGAUGGGCGCGCCCAACAACAUCGAACAGGUACCGGCAUACCAAAGAUGGCUCUACCUCCAGGAAGUGGCUUUGAGCCGCGCAUGCGGCCAAGCACCUGAAGCAGACAAGAUUAGAUUCGAAGAUGAGCAUGACCAAGGCUCUGCGUCUGCAGACUUUGAAAUGAGGUGUCGAAAAUGCAGGUAUGAGGCCCCAGUGCAGCCAACGCACUGUGCAAGACCUAAUGAUCACAGACGUACGUUGGCCACCUCACAGUACCUCGUGAGCCACGAGCCACGACACGACACGGACGACUCUGGAACCAUGCAGUCGAAGCACCCGUCACCAACAUGCGCGCACUACUUCCUCGACCCACUUUCAUGGAUGAGAGCGGAGCUCGAGCAGGGCAAGCUCGACGGCCGGCUCGAGUGUCCGAAAUGCAAGACCAACGUGGGAAAGUAUGCAUGGCAAGGCAUGCAGUGUAGUUGCGGAGACUGGAUUGUACCAGGGAUCAGUUUGGCGAAAGGUCGUAUUGAUGAGGUGAAGUCGAGGACCUCCGGCGGCGCGAGCUUCGGCAUCCGCAUGCCGCCGUCAGCAAUCAGCAGGAAGUCGGAUCAGAAUCUGUGA